AUGGGCAGCAGGACCGCGAUGCUGGCGGUCCGCGCCAUGACCCGGCGGCUGCCGUCCGAUUUGGCUUCAACGGUCGUCGGCAUAUGGCCGCAGAAGCCAGCGUCAACAUCGUCCGACAUGCCUAAGCAUGCUAUUAUGGGCUGGAAUUCAGGCACAACGCAUCCCAUUUCCCCUAUACGGAGUCCGCCUGUGCUAUGCAACGCCGCCGGCACAGCUCAGUGGUCUGCGCUGCAGGAUCCCUUCGUCCGCCUCAGUGACGGCGUCUUCACCCACAUAUCGCAAAUAGAAUGCCCGGUUCCCAUCCAUGUUAACCUCGAGCUGCCAAAUGGGCCCCGCCCAGAGACCCGCCGCCAACCUGUGCAGCUCCCUGCUGUGACAACGGACUCGCACCACGUCGUCGAGGAUCAGCAGACGGGCGUUUACCACAUCUACGAUGUGGGACCGGCGUAUCUGUUCAACAAGGUGCGAACCGACACCAAGCAUCGCAAACGCGCCUUCACGAAGCGAGGGUACUUUCGGCAGUCGCGUUCUAUCACGCGCAAGGAGAACCGCAUGAAGUUCGCGUACGCCCUUCAGGGCAUAGACUACGAGAUGCUUGAGGGGCUCAAAAGGGGAGAGAUUCCUGACAUCAGGGCAUACAAACGCUGA